AUGAGCCAGAAUGUGCACAUAGACCUUGGUCGAUUCAGCGCGCAGGCACUGGGUUAUAAUUUGCUCCGCCAACACAAAGCUGAUAGAAGUGUUUUGUCUGGGCGUCCAGUCAACGGGUCAAGGAACGUGUCAAAUAGAUCGCGUCAAAGUCAGGGAACCCACUCAACCUCGGGGCCUCGUUUACGCCACCCUAGGCGCCAGCCAAGUGAUCCUCCACAAGGGGCUCUGGCUCAAGCUGAUGCUGGAUUCGCGAGAUUUCUCAAGGAGCACGCGUCACCUAAACAUCAACGUGUCACUGCUGGUGGCCGAAUCGUUCCGAUGGAUUCACAGGGCUCUGCACCUCAGAUGAAACUGUCAGCGAUUGACCAAACCAAAGAUGAUCGUGGUACAUCCUCGACUACGACAAUCGGUAAAGGCAGGGCCAAGGCCAAAGACAAGAGAGCACGGUCCGAGGAUAUUUGCCCUCAUGCCGGUGCCGACUCGUCAUCUCCGCAACCUCAAGGAAUACUGGCGACACAUGCGAGAUUGUCAAGUAUAAGUAUGAAUGACAAAUCGGAGCCACAGAUCUCAGCUUCGACGUUGAUUCCGACUAUAGCACCGGUUGCACUAGGUUCUUCCAUGAUUUCGCAGCCCAAUGCGGCCUUCCCGCUGAUGAGCCAACAAUAUUUUCAAUUUGAACCACAAUUUCAAGAGCCUCAUGCUCCAGCGCUGCAGAAUUAUGCUAUGUAUGGUCUCGCGGGGUAUCCGUUCGCCUUUUCUCCAUCUUUGCAAGGUUUAAGCGCAUCGAACGUCAUUCCUCUCAUGUCGUCCGCAUUGCAGGCACAGACCUCAGGCCUGGUUACGCCAUCGGAUAUAGCUCCAUGCAGCAGUAUGAUCGGUGGAUACUCUUCGACCAUCAGCCAAUCUUCGUCAAUCCUGGACUCGUUUGUUCCAAACCAUGCACCGCAGGGGUAUCAUCAAGUCGGCGGUCAAAUGGCGGCUGUCAAUCAGCCACUAUUCUCAAUGGGGCCUUUCCUGGAAUCUUCAUUGCGCAAAUCUCUGAGCCAAAUUUCGGUCGAUUAUGCAGCUCUCUCAACUCAGCUUACAAGUCUCGAUAGAUACAUGGCCAUGCAUACCUGGGAUAUGGAUCCCUGCGCGAAGAAGUCCUUGGUUGAACAGCGAAAGAGUUUGGUGCGGGAGUUAGAUGUGGUGCGCUCGUACAAAGAACAGUUGGAAGUGACCCUCACCGUCUCGAACGAACCUGGGAAUCAGAGGGAAAAGGGAGCUGGCGUCGCAGCACAAUCGAACAAUUGUUUGCCUCAAAGAGUGGUGACCAAUCAAUUCCAUCUAGAAACGCCCUCUUCUGCUUCACAAUAUGCGAUACCUGGAUUUCACAUGCUGUCGCCGGUCAGUGCGGUGCCACCAGUUCUCCCGGUCGAUCAGCCUGUAGACCCGUAUUUUCAGUGGCAGGCCAGUCAAAAUGCGGGAAGUCUGGACAAUUAUUUCGAAUUUCAAAAUUUAUCCUCUGGGUGGAAUGUUUCGAUGGCCUCUAGGACGUCCCAACGCAAUCGGAAGUCCAACUCGGGAGCGGAGCUGUCCAGGGCCAAUACACGAGCUAGAGAUCUCAUUGAAGGUAGGGCGAGAGAAGAAAAGACAGGCGUCAACAACGGCUGGACGGCCUUUUCGAAACCGUCAUCCUCCGAACUCCGUAGUCCAGAGCAAAUGAUUGGGGAUGCCACGCGAAAGGUUGAUGCUGCCAACGGACUGAUUCAAGGACUGUCACGAGCCCCAAUACAAUCGACAUUGCCAGACAGCCAUAGCUACAGUGAGAAAAUCGCGAAAGUCCAGUCGUAUCUUCAAAGGAGAUCGUCCAUGGAGUUGAUCAAAGACGUUGGCACUUACAGGCCGGUCGUACCACAUCUCAGAAGACCUUGGGCAUCUGAAAUGCCAAUCCAGCGAGCACUCAUCCGGCGUGGCGAGAUGUCUUUCAAGGCAGAUGACGACGCUGAUAGCAAGUCAUCGUCAUCUUAUACAUCGACAACAGAUUCAUGGGCUACUGGUCGUAGCGAGGACAAGCGUUCGGUAGGCGGCGACUCGCUCCACGGCAAUCAGAGCGGAAACGAUUUGGAGACGCAUCAGGAAAGUCCACGCUGUCCCGACCUCGCUGCCGCACUAGACACGGUGCACACGGCGCAGCUUUCAAAUGCUAGUGGGUCAAAUUCAAAGAGUUCGCAGUCGCAUAGCACAAUCGCAUAUGGACCGCGUCCUUCUACGUCAGCGACUAGUAUGACUGAUUUGAGUGAAGAAACCAGCUCUGUCGAUGCGAAGCAGGCCAACUCCCAGCUACUCACACAGUACUUGAACAAGGAUCACGGCUUGCUUGUUCAGAAAACUACCGCAUUGGCAGUGUCUCAAAAUGUCAAUGCCCAUGCGUUCCUCGCUGGUGUUGAAGGCAUGCUGAGCAGGCCUUAUUUGAGCGAUAUCAGUCAUGGUGACGACAGAAUGCAGACCCUGGCCCGGAACGCAAAGCUGGGAAAAGUUUGA